AGGAUUCGCAUUGGUCGGUGGCCCUGUCAAUUAUUGAGCGGGCCCCACCCGGAUGACGUCAUCUCAGGUUCUUAAAACCCUUUGCCCCCAGACCAGGAACUAUAUUCUGGAGCAUACAAAGUGUCGAGUGUGUGGUUUUGAGACUGUUGAUUCAGAAGAUUUUCGCUAUGGCGGCAGAAGUGGAUAGAAACGUUGAACUUGCCAACAAUGAAGAGCACCAGGGCGAGGGGGAACAGCAGAAUGUGGUGAACAGGGUCACAAACCUGCCGCUUCUGAGCUCUGCCUAUGAUAUGGUGUCGGCUGCAUACAAUAACACCAAGGAGAACCAUCCAUAUGUCAAGACAGUCUGUGACGUUGCUGAACAGGGAGUGAAGGCCAUCUCUGCUGUGGCUGCCAGUGGUGCCAAGCCCAUUAUGAACAAGCUGGAACCACAAAUUGCAGCAGCUAAUGAAUAUGCCUGUAUGGGCUUGGAUAAGCUAGAAGAAAAGCUUCCAAUCCUUCAGCAGUCCACACCCCAGGUUGUUGCGGGUACCAAGGAGCUAGUUUCCUCCACUAUUACAGGAGCUAAGGAUGCUGUCUCCAACACAGUGACUGGUGUCGUUGACAUGGCCAAGGGAGCUGUGCAUAGCAGCAUUGAGAAGACCAAGAAUGUGGUAGCUGGAGGAGUAAACACUGUCAUGACAUCCAAAGUUGGCCAGAUGGUGGCCACUGGUGUGGACAGUGCACUCAAUAAAUCGGAAGAGAUGGUUGAUCAUUAUCUUCCUUUAACUGAAGAAGAACUAGCAAAGUUGGCCACAUCUACAGAAGGUUUUGAAGUGGCCCCAGUACAAGAGCAAAGUUACUAUGUGCGCUUGGGAUCUUUGUCUUCGAAAGUUCGGCACAGAGCAUACCAGCACUCGACUGCUAAGAUGCAGAAGGUCAGGCAAAGCAGCCAAGAAAUCAUCUCUCAGCUUCACAACACCAUGGAUCUAAUUGAAUUAGCAAGAAAAGGGAUGGAUUCAGCAAAUCAGAAGCUCCAUGAUGUUCAGGCGAAACUGCAUCAGGCCUGGGACGAUUGGGUAAAAAAUCAGCCAGAAGCUCAAGUGGCAGAACAAAAUGCUCAGAAGCCAGAGCAACUGGAAUCUCGUAUGUUAACUAUGACACGUGGUCUCACACAGCAGUUACAGACUACCUGCCUGACCUUGGUUUCAAAUGUUCACGGUCUCCCUCAACACGUUCAAGAGAAAGUGCAACAGAUCCGCAAAACAGCUGAAACCAUCCACACCUCGUUUUCCUCUGCUAAUUCCUUGGGGGAUCUCUCUGGGCAGCUGUUGGCCCAAAGUCGGGAACAAAUGGCAAAAAUUCGGGAAUCCAUGGAUGGGGUGAUGGAAUAUGUGCUUCAUAACACUCCCCUCAACUGGAUGGUUGGUCCCUUUGCCCCGCAGCUGACUGAGAAACCUCAGUCAUCAUCUGAGGAGAUGAUUGCAAUGGAUGAAGUUAAGGAGUAACUUCACCUCUGAGUUCUACUUGUUUGAUAGAUAACUUGACCUAUGUUUAAACUUGUGUUAAUUUUGGUAUUCAAACUUUGACCUUGCUAUUGGACUAAAUUUGUUUUUCUUGUUUUGCACAAUAUUCCUCCAAACUACUUGGCCUCAUCCAAUUAAUAUUGUCGAUAACAUGAAUUUUAACUUCUAAUUCUCCCAGUGCAAGGUGAAAUCUGUCCACACUUAUUUUGGUUAUACUGAUAUAAAACAAUAUUACAGAUGUGUGAACUUUUCAAUAAAUGAGAAGUGCCAGCAGAUCCCAUGGAAAAUUGACACUCUAAAGCUUGAAGGAUAGGAUUGAGUUGGAAGUUCAGUGGAACAUAACUUCAGGCAAAUGUAUCAUCUUUCAACAUAAUCUGGCUGGGGUAUUCCUAGCACUUAAUUCAUUGCAACAAUGCUGCAAAAUGGAUCUGAUGAAUUUCCCAAUACAAUUUGAGAAAUUCCUCUUGCAAUAUGUAUCAUUUGUGCAAUACAUUUUUGUGUCAGCCAGAUAAGGGAGAAUGUGCGCUGACCUUGAUCAGCUGCAGUUUUUCUACCUACCAGCCUAAAAGAAAUGUUGAAAUGUUUGAGAGGCAGCAGCAUGAACAACUUAAAAUGUUUGAGCACUAUGCAUGGGUGGAGGUGUUUGUUCUAAAAUUUAACCUAGUCCUAUUUGCAAUGUAUUUCUUGAUUUUGAAAUAGUAUUGUUAAAGUUGAGUUCCUCUUUGAAGGUGUGCAAAAUAGAACAAAGGUUUAAUUUGGAAUAAAUAAAAUAAACAGGAUGCCUGAAUACUGAAGAAUUUCACCAGCAUUACUUACACACUUUACCUUGCAGUCACUUUUCAGUUCUCCUGCAGUAUAGCAGAAUUUGGUUUGUUUUUAAUUUCAUAUUGGGUGAGUGUGUCCAAUGUUCAGGUCUGCAAAUGAAGUGAAUACUAUUGGUUAACUUUCAAUAAAGGUUAUAAUUGGAACUUAGUUUGUCUUCAAAUGAAAAUUUACUUUCAUUGUAGUGAAAUUACUAAAAUGCUAGUAUUGGUCUUUGCAAUGAGGUAUGUUUACUCAAAUGUACUACGUUAAGCAGUAUAAAUAAGGUACCAAUCAACUCUUUAGUGAAUGUAUUUAAUAAUCAAAAUUGUUUUGCUGGAAUGUAGCUUUAUCUUGAAAAUGCAUUGACUGUUCUAUUACCUAGCCCCAAGUUCAAUGAUCUAGAUAAAACUUGCAGCGGUAGCAAAAUUUAUAUUUACUCAGCCUGUUUAUUGCAGUCAGUGUAUGGAAUUUCUGUGCUCCGUGGCAUUAAAUCCUUCUUCACAAACACUUUUUUUUGACAUUGAUCCAAUUUGCAAAGCCUGUGCUAGCAUUGGUGCAUGGUGGCAAAGCUGGUCCUCAGUGGGCCAAGCUGGUGCCCAUGCAAUUAGGAUACUGUAUUUGAACAUGAGCUUGAAAUCUGCUCAGCCAGUGUGAAAUAUAUGCAAGUGAUCCCAUACUUAAUAGAAAAAUUCUCCCUCCCAAAUCCAAGAACAGAAGCCAUGAGGUCUAUGUUACUGCAAUCACCUGCAUGAACUAGUUACCAUGUUAGUCUCCUAGUCAAUCUUUGAGGAAGAUCAAUGCAUUGGUGAUAUUUAACAAGGGCCACCAUUUGUAGAAGUUGUUUACUAAAAGAUAAAAUUUUAAAAUGUUUCAUUGCUCGAUUUUGCUCAUAUCCAAAGUUUCUAUGAAAGUGUACCUACCUUGUGUAAUGCACUAUGCAAAAUAAAAACAAUUGGGUCUUUUUGA